AAUUACUCUACUAUAGUAAGUUAGAAAAAUCUUUCGAAUAACUUAACAAAAGCUUUACCUCAACUACCAUUAAUGAAGCAUUUUCACAGUUUUGACCAAUUUUCCCUACCAAAGGUCAAAUUUAUGAAUUGAGUGGAAAUAUAUGUCUGGCCUUUGUACGUCCCAGGAUCCAUAACGAAGCUAAACGAUGAUCGAUCUCCGCUUGCUUCGACUGCAAGCGCCACAACUCGACACUCUUUGUUGCCGCUUCCAUCGCUGUCUGCCGAGCCCUAUUCCAUUCAUCGACCCUUUGAAAUUGAACGUUCCUCGACGUAUCCUCAACUAGCUAAUCAUGAGCCGAGAUUCCAACUAUGAUCACCACAUUUCAAUUUUCUCGCCACAGGGGCGAUUGUAUCAGAUGGAAUAUUGCUUCAAAGCAGCCAAUUCUGGAUUGACAGGCAUUGCCGUUCGCGGAAAGGAUUCCUGCUGUGUUGUCACCCAAAAGAAGGUCCCUGAUCGUCUCAUGGAACCCAGCAGUGUCACCCAUUUGUUCCAGCUGACCAAGAAAGUGGGUGUCUGUGUGACAGGAACCAUGGCAGAUUGCAAGGCGAUGGUGCAGCGAGCGCGGUACGAGUCUGGACAAUGGACUUACGACAAUGGCUACGAAUGUCCAGUGGGUGUUUUGGCCAAGCGGAUGGCAGAUUUGGCUCAGGUCAAUACGCAAACAGCCAGUAUGCGGCCUCUCGCUUGCAUUGGCUUGUUCAUUGGUGUAGACGAAGAAACGGGACCACAGGUCUUCAAGGUGGACUGCGCUGGUCACUAUUUGCCUUUCUUUGCUGCCGCGGCUGGGCCCAAGGAGCAGGAAGCCAUGAACUUUCUGGAAAAGCGAGUCGAAGGCAUGAAAGAAUUCACAAAUGAGCAGGUAAUUAGGACUGCCAUCACUUGCUUGGGGCAUGUCCUAGGCAGUGACUUUAGGGGAUCCGAAAUUGAGGUUGGUAGCGUCGUCGGCAAGGACGGACGAUUCAAAGUGCUCUCUGAGGAAGAAAUUGAAGUGCAUCUCAAUGCCAUUGCUGAUGAUGCUGAUGCCUAAAAAGACACCAGGUACCACUGGUAGUUCAACAAUUUGCAAAACAAAGGACUUCUAACUAGCACACAGAUUGUAUACACACAGCUCUCCAGCCGGGCAUAUCGCGUAGACGUCUAGUGAUCGAGACUUUUGCUUG